CGUGCCUCGAUUGUUUGUACAGGACAAUAUGAGGUGCUUUAUGUGUUGACAGCGUCGAAAUUACUGGUAUAAUCGAAUAUCCCUUUUCCUCUCGACAUGACUGUCAUCGGGACGCAGACCGACAGUGACAGAAGACUCCUGGACUUUCAGCAUUACGAGGAGUACUUGGACUCUCUAGUGAGCCCAAUAGACAUAUAUUACCUCCGAAGCAGCAAAAUCGCCCGGCAAUUGGCCAAGCUCGGUUAUCGCUGCACCGGCGAGACUCUGAACGAAAAGUGCUUCUAUCGUCGGUUACAAAUCGUGAAGAACCUGCUGCUUCCCAUCCAUCGGCCCUACGUACUCGCUUGUGAAUAUACAAUCCCCGUAGGCAGGUUAAUGGAGGAAUUGGAUCUGCGCGAGCGACUCAACAGAUUGGGACUCCUGUCGACCAUCAUCUAUGUUCGGCACUUCGCUACAGAAUUACGGCAGUUCGAGGAGUCGGCUUAUAUCGACUUCGAAGAUCGACUUAGGUCAGAAAAUUGGUUGCCGUAUUAUCGCGGCGAGAGAAGAUUGUCACCGCUCAAACGAGACCUCGCGUAUUACCACUGGAGAACCGGGAGAACGUGCUUGAACGAGACCCGGAAUUACGUACCCUUUGUGGAUCCCAAACGUGGCCUGUUGUUCAAAAAUAUUCACGACAGGCAGACAAUCACUGUCGAUCCGGCUGUCGCGUCGCCUGGGGUAUACACAACGAGAGUGCGAAUACGGUGCCCCUUUUACGAGCACGUGAUACUGUAUGAUCAUAUGAUCAGAAACAAAAUUAGCUUUGAAAACUAGAGGCGUCAAGAGCAUUCGGCUUUGUUAUACU